AUGAGGUUAUCUUCAAUUAUCCUUAUAGUACUACUCAUCACAUGUGUGAAAAGUGAUAACUGGAAUGGAUGGAGUUUAAAUGACAACAAUGAUCGUUUUCAACAAUCAUCCUUGCCAGUCAAAGUACCGUCUGAUCAUCCAGAACCUGCACAGUUCAAGGUGAAAUGGUAUUUCAAAACUGAUGGACCAGUCUCAGCAACGCCGACUGUGUUUGAUAAUCGAAUCUAUAUUCCUGAUAACAACGGCUCGAUAUAUAGUUUGACAUUGGACGGUAAACUGAUAUGGAAAGUAUCUGUAGAGAAAUUAUUGGGUAUCAAGGGUUAUAAUACACGAAACAGCCCAGUUGUUGCCAAAGAUAUGAUUAUAAUGGGGACACAAACUGGCAUCGAUACAGAUAUGCAGAUAAAUAAAGUGGGAGCAAGUGUGUUCGCAUUGAAACGGUCCACUGGCAAAUUGAUAUGGACAAAAGUAGUCGACAGUCAUCGUGCUGCCAUCAUUACCGCCAAUCCGGUUGUUGUCGGUAAUCGAAUACUGGUCGGUGUGUCGUCUAAAGAAGAAACAUUGGCGGACGAUCCAAAAUACAAAUGUUGUACAUUUCAAGGCUCCGUUCUUGCAUUAAAUUUAGCUGAUGGAACGUUAAUUUGGAAAACAAAAAUGCUGCCAGAUAACAAGAAUAAAACGAACGCUUAUUCGGGUGCAGCAGUAUGGGGUUCCGCUUUCUCAGUUGAUCGCAAAAGAAAUACAAUCUAUGUGGCUACAGGAAAUAACUAUAGACUGCCAAAAUCGAUUCAGAAAUGUAUUGGUAAAACAAAAAAGAUCAGGCGUUAUUUCGUUGCCGAUCCGUGUCAAGAACGUGAGAAUUAUGGUCAGUCGGUAUUAGCUUUAGAUAUUAGCACUGGUGUAGUGAGAUGGGUGCAGUCGUUAGGCCCCAUCAAUGCAUUUACACAAGCUUGUGCUCGAGUUGGGAAUACAUCCAAGCCAACGGGCACAAAUUGUCCAAAAAAUCCGGGACCUGAUUACGAUUUUGGGCAGCAGCCGAUUCUAAAACGAAAUAUCGCGUACAAAUUCGGCGGAGAAAAAAGAGAUCAAAUCUAUGUUGGUCAAAAAUCUGGUCAAGCGUACAGCUUUGACGCUGAAACAGGAUAUCUCAUAUGGACAGUGAAAACCGGACCGGGUAGCCCAACAGGUGGAAUGGAAUUUGGAUCGGCGGCGGAUAAUAAUUAUUUCUACGCAGGUAAUAACAAUGCGGACUAUAAAAGGUACAUUCUACCCAAUGGAAACAAGACAAAUUCACCUGGAUGGUCGUCGAUCAAUCUGAAAACGGGCAAAAUACGAUGGACAACGGUUGAUCCUCAUCGUACUGGGAGUGCUUUUGGACCGUUGACGGUUUGGAAUAAACUUCUUCUUGUUAUCGGUGGGGACCAGCCGGUAAUCACUGAACCUGGUCAGACAGCGUCCACCAUCCUACAGGGAUGCGUCUAUGGGCUUAGGAAGAGCGAUGGUUACAUUUUAUAUAAACGAUGUUUUCAAAGUCUAAUAGGCGGGGGAGUAUCGGUGGUUGAUAAAACGAUUUAUCUUGGUGUGGGUUAUGAUUUUGCAAGACCAGAAGACGGUCUGUACGCUCUUCAAUUACCGUAG